UUUGAGCUUUAGGAAGAGCUGAAUAAAAGGGGAAAAGUGAAAGCGUGGGGGCAUAAAACACAGGUGCGGUUAACUUUGUUUUUCCCUUUGGCCCUUCUCCUCUCAUUCAGGGCUUUCCAUUGCGCGAUCUUUCUUUCUACGCCAUUCUCCAGCUCCGCUUCUUAGACAAAUUGAAAUAGCCAGCUAAAGCAAAGUAGAAAUGGGGUUGACCUUCACCAAACUCUUCAGUAGGCUUUUCGCCAAGAAAGAGAUGCGCAUUUUGAUGGUUGGUCUUGAUGCUGCCGGUAAGACCACGAUCUUGUACAAGCUCAAGCUCGGAGAAAUAGUCACAACUAUUCCUACAAUUGGAUUUAACGUGGAGACUGUGGAAUAUAAGAACAUCAGCUUCACCGUAUGGGAUGUUGGUGGUCAGGACAAAAUUCGUCCACUGUGGAGGCAUUACUUCCAAAACACACAGGGUCUUAUAUUUGUUGUGGAUAGCAAUGACAGAGAUCGUGUUGUUGAAGCAAGAGAUGAAUUGCACAGAAUGUUGAAUGAGGAUGAACUGAGAGAUGCUGUGUUGCUCGUAUUUGCCAACAAGCAAGACCUUCCUAAUGCAAUGAAUGCUGCUGAAAUAACCGACAAGCUUGGUCUUCAUUCACUCCGGCAACGCCACUGGUACAUCCAGAGCACCUGUGCAACAUCUGGAGAGGGUCUAUAUGAGGGUUUAGACUGGCUUUCCAACAAUAUUGCUAGCAAGGCAUGAGGCAGUUGAAGUUUUCGGCCGUCAGACUCUGGACUGUGGGUGAAGUUUGGCGAUGAUAGGGGUAUAGUUCGUUUUUCUCAAGAAGUGUCUUUAGCAGCAGAACAGUUUGCCAGACUUCUAUAUGUACUCUCUGUUUGUAUACUUGCGACUUGAUCUAAAACUGUCUAACCUUGUUAUAGUUUUCUUUGGGAAGUUGACCUUGUCAUAGUUUCCUUGUGAUCAUAUUAUUUUGCUUUUGAGAUCUCCAUUGUCUCUCUA